AUGACGGGCAGCUACCAAAAAGCAACGAGUGCGAAAUACGUACCUGUGCCAGCGCACUCGAACCUACGAUGCAGCCACGAGCUCCCAGAUAUCCUUCCGACCACGAGGGCCACGACUGGCGCACAGCCUACCACGAGCCCGCAGAUGGCGAGUAUCGUGUCGACCGAUGGCGACAUAGCGGAAGAGAUCCGACGACUACACUUACAAAUCUUGGUUGACGUGACGAGAAGUGAGAAGGACACACACGCAGAAGAGCUGGGUCACGCUGAGAAGAGAUUGGCGCCUAUAUCUACGAGCUGGAGAUGA